AUGAACGACCACGGUGAAGGCCAGGGCUCUGACCCAUCGGACGUUCACCAAGAUGAAGGGCCUUUCGAUUUGAACGAGCAGGAACCGUACGCAAAUGUUGGUCUUGGACUCAUCACAUCGCCCCGUAGGCUGAGACGGCCACGAUUUUCACCUUGGAACAGUCCACGAAGCAACGAUUCCCCAACAUCUGGUAUAAAACCACUUGAGAUUAUCCAGGAAGGACACCAGCUGCUCCUUGGCGUCGACGAGGCGUCGGCCAAGCAGGAUGAACUGGGAGGUGAUGGCUCACGGCUAGAAAAAGACAAGCACGAAGAAGAAUUACAAACCCUCAAUAAGAAAAUAGAGAAGCUUCAGGUUGAAACGGAAAAGCUUCGGAUUGGCAAGACGACAAUGGAGAAUCAAUUGAGGGGAUUGGCAUCUGACAAUGACGACCUGCGAGGAAAAUUGCAUCAAUACAAGCAACAGCACCAACAAAUGAAACAAGAAAAUAAGAAGCUCAGUAAUGAUCUUCAACGAAUUCAUACAUCCCUCCAUGAUACCGAAGAGAAGUAUUCGGCGCAACUGGAGAAGAAUCGGCCACUCAUAAAGGAAAUUGAAGAUUUGAAGAAGGACUUGAGGAUUCAGUACGAAGGGAUCCAGAAGAAAAUGACUGAUGCUCAUCACGAAAACCUGAGAUACCAGGAAAAAUGGAAGACGAAAUCGAACGAAGUCGAGAGCCUCAUGAAGGAAAUGGGUCCAAUCAAGGCGUCAAGAGACCGCUCAGAGGAAGCACUUCAAGCCAGUGAACAGGAAUGCAACCGAUUGUGUGUGGAGAUCGAAAAAUGCUUUGCAUGGAUGGAAAAAAUUCGCAAAGAACAAAUCCUGAGAGAUGAGGAUCAAACUCUUUUUUGCGACCAACGAGUGCCCACUCUUGUGGACAAUCCCGACGCAUUGCACUCAAGUUUGCCAUUAUUCGUGCAAUUCGAGCGAUUGGAAGAACUCAUUGAGUCCCCCAUGGAGGCAGCACCUUCGAGUCGAGCACGUGUAGAGGCCAAACCUCUGACGCUUAAAAAGCUGUCGUCAUUUGAUUCGCCUGGUCCGUCAAGAUGCCCAUCUUUGCCUAAUCUCCAAGACUAUCGAAACGGGGCGAAAGUCUCUGGGUCCCGCUAUCCAGGCUAUGUCCCCAGGAGAACAUCCUCUUUGCGGUCGUCUUUCGAUAUUGAAAACCUCGACGCUGAUUUUUCCGCUCGAGAAAGCACCCCUAGCGACAAGGCCAUUUUCCCUACCCGACAGCUCUCAAUCGACCUGACGCGGAAGAUGUCAGGUCUGGAAUUAUCUCGCCCUCUCUCACAGGGGCAACACUUUGAGUUGCAAGAUCAGAGGAACACAGUCUUUACGUCUACAAUUCAAACUCAGGAAGCAUCAGCGGUUUCGACGCUCUCUCUCACCGCUCCAGAGACAGUCUCAGAUCUCCUGAUCCGGCAUCCACAAGAGUCUGCCGGCUUUUCAGAACCAUUCCCGUUGGCACCUCGAUUCAAAGAAGCGAUUGAGACUGUCCGGAAACAGCAAGCUUGGACAAUGUCUUCGUCGUUUGGGAAGAGAUCGACCGAUGAUACCAUAGCUACGGGCAGUGCUAUCGAAUCUCCUCGAAGUCCCGGUUUCCGGAACCAAUUUUCUCUUUCACCAAAGUCUUUGCCACAGUCGGCUCCUUGCGAACCCGCCCUAUUAGGAGAAGGUCAAGUGGGAACAAGUUUUGAAUCAUCCAUGAAAGCAAAAUUGGAGUCCGAAAUGGCAGUGGUAAAGCCUGGACCCGUUCCUGAGAUCCACAGCUGUGAUUUCUCACCCUCACAAGCAAAGUCACUCUCCGUACGGGAGAUGAAUUCCAGCUCUUUCGACAACCCAAACUUUAUGUUCUCGGGCAAGCCUGCCUCAAGAUCUCAUAGUCUGCCCGAUGAACGACCAGAUUCCAAUAAGAAAGACUCAGUGCUGCGAAGGACAAUCACGUGGGGCCUACGUCCUCACGGACUAUCGUCUGCUAAAACUUUCCAGGGCAUGGACUCCGAUUCUGGUGCCAAGGCCCUGUGGUACGGUGACGAUCAGACCUUCCGAAAAAUACACAUUCAAACGAUGUUUCUUCAACACCCGAAUGACUCCCACCACUAUGACGACGGUAAUCAUCUCUCUCCCAAUUUCCAUGAUAAAGACUCCAAGUGGCGGUCCACUUACGGUCCAAAACGUAGCUUUGUGAAAGCUCAUGGGAUCCACGGAGCUGAAUCUUCUCCUCUUGACAAUGUCUCGACGAGCAAGUAUCCUAGAAGUUACCUCGAUCGAAAACUUGCUUCCUCGAAGCAAACAUCUCCAAAGAUUCCCCCAAAGAGAACGUCACCUCUGAGACCAGCAAGAUUUCCUAGGUUUCACUCCACCAAAAGGGGAAGUCGUCCCUCAAGAAUAGGUGGCCGCUUUGUGAUCAACCGCGGAUCUACCAUUUCAAGCCUGAUCCCAAACCCUGGCAAGAAUGAGGCUCUCAAUAAUGGGCUUCCCCGUACGCAGCCGGCAAGUAUUCAGACGCCUGGUUCCAGUCCUCAACCAGCUGGUACUGAAUCGAUCCGUACGCGAUCACUCGACACCGAGCCGUUGAGUAUACCGCCCUCCGAUACGUAUCCGGAUGUUGAUUCUGCGGCCAGUAGCAAUGUGAAUAUUCAGCCGGUGGUUGUAAAUUACACGGACAUCGUCCGGAUCACUACGAGCACCCCAACUCAAGGGGACCAUAUCGAUGAAACAAAUAAUGAGGACUCUGAUUCAAGUCCUUCCGGUCCCUCUAUCCCUUAUCAGCUAUCGUUUCUGGGUACCAGCUUGCGUGCCCUCAGAAGCCUACGGAUAUACAAGCGCAGAGAUAGUGAUGCAUCCGAUCAAGCGUUGCAGCUUAAUCCGGGGUCGAUCUCGUCAACCAUCAGAUCAUCCGCAACCGAGAUUGGAAGCAUAUUGGGAAGAUUCACCGACUCGGUCGGGUCUGUGCGAUCUCAGAUAUGGAGUCGUGCAGAAGAGCCAGUAUCUGUGAUAACCAAAGCUGGCUUUUCGGGGAACGAGACGGAAGAAAAUGUCCAGCUCUCACCAGACGCCAGUGCAGAGACUAUAUUUCAAUCUCCGCCGGGAGUAGAAGCCCGAGCUUUGCCCAGUUCAUGGACUUCAACUGAACCAGAAAACCAUACCCUGAUAGCGUCAGACGAAAAAGUGCAAAUUGAUCCAGGACCACAACCUCCACCUGCGUCAGAAACACAAAUCCAAACCGAGCAAGAGAUCGAACCACGAAAUGCGCCAGUAGCUGAGGUCCAUAGAUUGAAUAGCUUGCCUUACUCCGCCACCCCGGGCGAAGUUGUGGCUGCUGAGAAGACCACUCGUACGCCCCUGGGUCCGUCCUCACAUUUCAAUCGAAUUCGAGAUUGGAAACCUUUUCAAACCUUGAUAGUCAUAGGAACCAUUUGGGUGGUCAUUUCGGGCAUUAUUCUGUACUCGGGGUCCUUUGCCCGACUCGACGGCCGCACUUCUUCUUUCGGGACUACAACAUCAGGUCUGAGGAUGUGUCCUAGAGUUUCUCCAACGUCCACGUCCGUCCAGAUGUCUGCUUCCACUCUUACAGGCCAUCUUUCCACCGAGGAUUCGCUAUCCAGGAACAUUCCUUACACUGGAUAUGCGCCGACUUGGGCAUCAAAUUCCAGGGUCCUUUCGAUGAAUCCUCUAGUCCUCACGACCGUUGAGAGUCCUGCCUCGGUUUAUGUGGACUCUUUGCGGAAUGAAGAUUUAGCAAUGAAUGGUACCCAUGAGGAUAUAUCGAAUUCAGCUUUCGAUUCAACAUGUACCCUGGGCCGUCCUCCAUACCAGCCUUCUCCGCCUUGUCGGGCUCCGACUCCUCCGAUUACAGUCUGGUCUCCAUCUCCCCAAUCGAAGCCAACAUCCCCUGAAAAAUCUUUUGUUCCCCCACUCAUUCAAAGGCUGGCACAUUUCUUAGAGAUUGAGGAUAUUGAACUUGAUCUCCCUUUGCCGCCCGCCCAUAUGCCAUCUUCCAAAGUCAUGCCAAUGUCGACAUUCACCGCUUCGUCAAUCUCUACCGCAAGAAUUGAACGCAUCCCAAGUUCCCCCGCCGUGUCAUCACGGAUCGAGAGCUCGCUACCGUCGUAUUUGCCUCGCCGUUCAACCGAAUACAGCCUCUUAUCCACAUCAGCGUCGUCCAUUUCAUCAACGGUAAUAUCCUCAUUCUCCACGGUGUCAACAUCUACAUCUCCCACGUCAUUGUCCUCAACAUCCACAACUCUCGAUUUCCACACUGAAAAGACAUACCCAAAGAACCUUGACCGUCAGGAUAACCACGAUCUCCCCGUUUAUAUUGACCGCCCCUGCCCAGGCCCGAGCUAUUGGGGGUUCGCCCCUCUCAUACAGCGGUGGGUCGACAUUGUCAUGUCCGACGUGACGAUCUGGGCUUCGCAGUGGGGAGGGGGUGGAUAUUAA